AUGGCUCUAGCUGAUCGAAUUGCUAUUAUUACAGGCGCCGCAUCCGGUUUGGGUCGUGCUACGGCUACUCGCUUCGUAGAAAACGGGGCAAGCGUAAUAUUGUGCGAUCUUCCGACCAGUGACGGCGUCAACGUCGCCAGAAAGCUUGGUGUCUCAUGUCACUUCUGUCCCACCGACGUAACGAACGAAGACGAUGUCGCCGCGGCAUUAGAUUUGGCUGAAUCAGCCUUCGGAAAUCCUAUAAACACUGUCGUUAACUGCGCGGGAAUCGCGUUGGCUGCAAAGACGUUGAGCAAAAAAGGCGUACACCAAUUGUUCCAGUUUCAGCAAAGUAUUAAUGUCAACACAGUGGGGUCUUUUAACGUAGCGCGCCUCGCUGCUGAGCGUAUGUCAAAAACAAGACCAGGACCAGGAGGCGAGAGAGGGGUCAUUAUUAACACGGCGAGUAUUGCCGCGUACGAUGGUCAAAUCGGACAGGUGGCGUAUGCAGCUAGCAAAGGAGCAAUCGUUGGAAUGACGUUGCCUCUUGCCCGAGACCUCGCAUCGUAUGGCAUACGUGUAAACACUAUUGCGCCAGGUUUGUUUAUGACUCCAUUGCUAGCAGGACUUCCUGAAAAGGUGCAAAAACAGCUGGGUGAGACGGUUCCAUUUCCCAAUCGCCUGGGGAAUCCCGUGGAGUACGCGCAGCUGGUUCACGCCAUAAUUGACAACAAGAUGCUUAACGGCGAAACUAUUCGCCUCGAUGGUGCCAUUCGAAUGCCGCCCAAAUAA